CGAAAAUCAGAACCAGCGACCCGUAGCCUCCUUUUAAGGUUAUUCCAUCUGCCGCGUUGAGAGACUCUGCCAGCGGAUCGAUACGAUUCCGGCCCUAUCAGCAAAUAACGGUAGAUAUGCGGAAACGGCUUACCCAGGAGCAAAAGCACGCCGUGACCGCUGCAUUGUUCCGCCAGGAGCCCUAUCCCGAUAUUGCUGCCGCCCACGGCAUAUCAGAACGACGGCUGCGGGGAAUUGCCAGCUGCCUGCGAACAUGGGGAACCACACAUCCACCAAGGACUAAGCCAAUGGGGAGACCAAAAACAAUCACGGAUGAGAUUCAAAAGGGUCUAGGUGAUUUUGUCAAUGCACGGCCCCUUGCUAGCAUUGAGGAUAUGCAAUCUUAUAUACAAAACACCUUCAGUAUAAAGUGCAGUUAUCGGUCAGUUUCACGUCGUUUGAAGGAUAUAGGAUAUACCCGCACCAUCAUCCAGCGGGGCAAUCGUUCCUUGGAAAAGAACAACAUACCACUGCUAUCUGACACGAAUAAAUUGCGAAUUCAGAAUGAUCCAGCUGCUCCAGAACUUUUAAAUAAGCCCAAGGUUCUAUACGCGUGGAUACUGAAGCCUUCGAAGCCGAGCCAAAAGCGCUUGAAGGCCGCUGCGCAGGGGAAUAAUGGACAGCCUUCUGGGGAGGUUUCGGAUUACGCGGGAAAUGAAGAAAGCCUUGACAGCUUGUUUGAUGGGGAGGAUUCCGUUACUGAUCCGAUGCCAAUAACAACGCUUCCUUAACAAGCUAUCCCACCAACUUCCUCCUGGUAGAUAUUAUAUUGAACAGGCCUGUUGACGUACCCAGCGUCGCAUAGCAAUAUCCCUUUGGCACACCCAUUCGUCCGGCUUACAUUUUGUUUUCGUUUCCACUUUCUCAGCGGGAUCUGUAAAUAUAUACACUUUUCUUAAUAUCAUAUAUUGGAGAAUAGAAAAAGGGGUUAUGUAUUUAUAUAACUGUUCAUCCCUUCAAUAUAUAAUCGCUGAAUAAUAAAACUUUUUAUAAAUAAUGUUACUUUCACACCGCACAUUUUGCAAAAAUGCCGUUUUAAAACCAGCCAGGCCCAGAUAUAGAACGCCAUGCUAACGCAUAAUUAAAAAGAAUAAGGAAAACCACGGAUCCCAUUACUUGCCUAAACCCACUUUCGCCUUUUUCCUAUUAUCGUCUUCAACUACCUCAUCCACAUCCAUCAUAUCCACAUCCUCAUCAUCGUCAUCAACACCGGCUCUCCGUUUCAACCCUUUCAUCUUCCUUGUUUGCAAACCAGUAAGAUCCUGGCGACCAAGAUGGACCCGACCAAUCUUAUCACCAAUAGCAUCCAUACCGAUAUUCUUUUUCGUCUUGGCCUCCUCAUUCGGUCUCUUCCCUUGUUUCAUAGCUUCCUUCAUGACAUCCUGGUCCGCCUCUCGUACUCUCCCAAUUCUGAAAUCAAACUUCGGCCCAACUUCAUCCAGCUCCACACGCGGAAGUUUUUGUCCACUUUUCUUCGUCCGAAUCUUAUACCACCUCAAAUGAAUAACGGGCCGAGUUCCUUCCACAGGUUCCUCCGCCGUAACCGAAAGUAAAUACUGCAAACCUUCCACAUCGAUCUUAUCCGUUUCCUCCCCCUUAAACAUAUCCAAAAUCAUACUCUUCAGCAUCCCAUAAACAGGCGACGUGGCGUCCUCCCACGCACUGCCCGCAAAUAGCAUCAUCGGCUUCAUCCCAACUCCAAUAUCCAGCUUCAUCUUCUUCAUCUCCUCCUUCUCCAUCUCAUUUCCCUGGUCCCCAUGACUGCUCAGCAACAGCAUCUCGCACAUAUCCAGCACCUUGGAGUUAUAGAUGCGCACUAGCGUCACGCAAUUGGGACGCUUCUUAUUGCUGCUGCCGAAGACAACGAUGCCGCAUUCAUUUUUCCCAGCGAGGAAUUCUAUACCCUCUACACUCUCGAAUGGGUGAAUGUUUUCGUUUUUCUUACGGAAAAGGACUGAAUGAGGUUUCGUGAGGGCGUGGAAGGUUUUGAGGACGUGGUUCAGAGGUUGGGGACAUUUUGGGCCGUGGAGUAGUAGGGUGCGUUUGACCGGCUCGAUGAGUUGCGGUUCCCGCGCCUUGAGGAUACGUGCAGUGCGCGGGUUUUUUGGUUUUCUAUGAAGGUAUCGUGUUAGCUUUGCUGGGUAAAUAAAUUGUUUUGGUUGUCGUUGGUCCUUUUUCGGUAGUAAUGAAGAACAGAUACGUUUCUGUGCGCAGGAAUAAUAACCACAACAAUUGGAGGAAUACGUACACUUCUCUAAGCAUUUUGAGAAUCAAGAUACAUGUAUGUGCCUAAAUAUCCGUCCCCU